GCGCUUGUUGCAGAGGUAAGUGCUGCUACGCCCAGAGCCCGUACGGUAAGAAUUUACGCCUCGUCCUCAUCAAGAUGGUCAAAGUAUACAAGCCGGGCAAGGUCGCUAUUGUCCUUUCAGGCCGCCAGGCAGGCAAGAAGGUUGUCGUAAUCAAGCAGCUGGAUGAGGGCACUAAGGAGCGACCUUACCCCCACGCCAUUGUCGCCGGUAUCGAGAGGUACCCACUGAAGGUCACCAAGCGGAUGGGUGCCAAGAAGCUUGCAAAGAGGAGUAAGGUCAAGCCUUUCAUUAAGGUUGUCAACUACUCGCACCUUUUCCCCACACGUUAUGCCUUGGAGUUGGAGGGCUUGAAGGGUGUUGUUGGUGCUGAGACCUUCAAGGAGCCUUCGCAGCGCGAGGACUCCAAGAAACAGAUCAAGAAGCUUUUGGAGGAGCGAUACACUUCUGGCAAGAACAGGUGGUUCUUCCAGCCACUCCGCGUACGUCCUGCUCAUUCUCUCGUUCUUGUUCCGCCUAACUCGAUGUUACCUAUCCAUCCAGUUCUGAGUUAUCUGCCUUUUUACAUCACUCGAGGGGACGAGGACAUCAAAAUUUCCGCAUGUACAUCUGCAUCCUGACAUGACUUCCGUAUUCCAUUUUCCUACAUGACGACGCAAUAUAUGCGUUCCAGUAUGCUCUUACCUGCCGCCGCAUGAAUGCAGUAUGUUUACAGCAACUUUCAUCGUUUGUUCUUGUCCUCCAGUCCCGUCAUCGCAAUCGCAUCUAGUCUUGUAUUGUACUUCUGCUUGUGAGCAUCCUAACGCACACUUCAGGACUGUCAUUU